AUGGACCCACGGAGCCCAUGGCUUGAUCCAGACACUGCUAAUCCCAGACUUGAACUCUCUGAGGAUCUGAAAAGUGUGAGCCGGCUGGUCUUCGCGAGGGACCUGCCUGACAACCCUGAGAGAUUCGACAAGGACCCCUGUGUUCUGGGCCAGGAGCGAUUCACCGUGGGGAGGCACUACUGGGAAGUCGAGGUGGGAAACCGGGAGGCCUGGAACCUGGGUGUUUGCCUUGAGAGUUUAGAUCGGAAGGGAAGAAUUCCCAAGUCACCGGAGCAUGGCUUGUGGGCCAUCGAGUUUUACAAGCAGGAACUCAGGGCUCUCACUUUCCCGAGGAAGCGCCUCCAUCCUUCUGAGCCUCUGCGUCGGGUGGGCAUUUUCCUGGACUGUGAAGCUGGAAAUAUCUCCUUCUAUAACAGGGAUGAUGGAUCUCAUAUCUACACAUUCUCUGGAGUUUCUUUCUCAGGCCCCCUGAGGCCUUUCUUCUGCCUCUGGGUACUUGACCCUAGCCCCCUGACCAUCUGCUCAGUGUCAAGAGAGACAGGGGAGGUUGCUGGCCCUCUACAGGUCUCUGAACUCCCCCAGGAGGCCUCUGUGACACCCAUCAUUAAGAGCAGCAUCAUUCUCAAGGGACAGGGACCUUCCUUGGACGAUGCCCAUGUUCUUCUCACCCCAAUCCAGCCCAGCUCUCUGGAAGGUAAACAACCCUCUCCUAAAUCCCAGCUCGAUCACAUAUUAGUGUGACUUUGGGCAAGCUAACGAUCCUGUCUUAUCUUCAUUUUUCUCCUCUGUAAAAUGAUGACAGUAGUAAGUACACCAUUGAGUAAUUUUGUAACAUGAACUUGAGAACAUAUGUAAAGCAUUCAGUGCAGUGCCAA